CUCUCUCUCUCUCUCUACCCCUCUCUCUCCCGCUCUGGAAGCACGAAAACGACAAUUUGCAGAGGGCGGAGGGUGACCGUUUCGCGGCGUGCCGCGGUCGUCGAGGGCGACGUCGCUCGGAGGAGCUACCGAGCCGGAGAAGAUGGAGGGUGCCGGCAGCUGGGACGCCCUUGAAUGGACUAAGAUCGACCCAAUUUCAAGGUCCGUCUCUCUCGUCAAGUGCGAUUUCUUGCUCGAAGCUGAAGAAGUCGUUGCGGAGGGUUAUGGUGUAGUCCUUGUUAACACUGAUGAAGCGGGCACUGUGUUAGUGACAAAUUAUCGUAUUCUCUUUCUGAGUGAAGGAACUAGGAAUAUCAUUCCGCUGGGUACUGUACCACUGGCAACUAUUGAGAAGAUCGGCAAGAUUGCUGUAAAAGGUCAACUGGUGCCACGUCAGCCCGAAAAGAACCCUUCUCAACGGCUGCUUCAAGUCAUUGGUAAGGAUAUGAGAAUAAUUGUCUUUGGCUUUCGCCCUCGGACUAAGCAGAGACGUGCGAUAUUUGAUGCACUGCUGAGAUGGACCAAGCCAGCUGGACUAUGGGAUCUUUAUGCUUUUGUCUCAGGACCAUCCAAGUUCAGAAACACUAAUCCCAAGUUGCGUUUGUUGAAUGAGUAUUUUCGGCUUAUUGGAAGAAGAUCUCACCGUGCUUCAAUGAGUAUAGUAGAAGAUUGUUCAUUCACAGUGGGUAAUGAAUUGUGGAGAAUAAGUAGUGUGAAUGCAAACUAUUCACUGUGCCAGACUUACCCAUUUGCCUUGAUUGUUCCAAAAUCCAUUAGUGAUGAAGAAAUUCUUCAGGCUUCAAAUUUCCGAGCGAGGGGUCGAUUCCCUGUAAUCACCUGGUGUCAUCCAGGGACGGGGGCAGUGCUUGCACGUUCUUCCCAGCCCUUGGUCGGUCUCAUGAUGAAUGUGAGGAGCAACAUGGAUGAAAAGCUUGUAUCUGCACUUUGCUCAAACCUUUCUGGUGUGAUGGGGACACGGAGGAAGCUCUACAUUGCUGAUGCAAGACCAAGAAAAAAUGCUUUGGCUAAUGGUGCCAUGGGGGGAGGUUCUGAGUCAUCUUCCAAUUAUUUCCAGUCUGAGAUAGUGUUCUUUGGGAUAGACAACAUCCAUGCAAUGAGGGAAAGUCUAGCUCGGCUCAGGGAGUAUCUGGAUACUCAUGGGGCAACCUCAUCAGAUGGAAUGUCCUCAUUCUUGAGACAUGGUGGCUGGACUUGGGGUGGGGGCAAUCUUAGUAGUAUGUCAGCUUCAGUAUCUACACUUGGAGACAGUGGUUGGCUAAUACAUGUCCAGAGUGUUUUGGCUGGUUCAGCGUGGAUUGCAGCACGUGUUGCUUUAGAGUCAGCUUCGGUACUUGUCCACUGCAGUGACGGGUGGGAUAGAACGACACAGUUGGUUUCACUUGCAAGCUUGUUACUUGAUCCAUACUAUCGGACUCUUGCCGGGUUCCAGGCACUUGUGGAAAAAGACUGGCUAGCAUUUGGCCAUCCAUUUUCAGAUCGUUUUGGACUGCCAACUAUAUCUGGAGGUGGCAACACGCUCUUUGAGUUAUCUAGGCAAUCUUCGACUGGGAGUUACUCAUCAUCACCAAUGCGCCAGUCAUCAGGAUCAUUCACAACUCAAGCUACCAGCUCCUCUCAUAGUCAGGCCUCAAAUAAUAGUUCUCCCAUAUUUUUGCAGUGGGUUGACUGCAUCGCGCAACUAGCAAGGAUGUAUCCAUUGGCUUUUGAGUUUUCCUCGACAUUUCUGGUUGACUUCUUGGACUGCGUGCUUUCUUGUCGCUUUGGGAACUUCUUAUGCAACAGUGAGAAGGAGAGGCAGCAGUGCAGCGUCUCUGAAGCUUGCGGAUGUUUGUGGGCUUAUUUGACAGAUUUACGCAAUUCAGAGGGGAAAUCUCAUGUGCACUAUAACCUCUUUUAUGAUCCAUCAAAACAUAACGGUCCACUGUUGCCUCCAGCUGCUGCUUUAGCUCCAACACUUUGGCCCCAGUUUCACCUUCGAUGGGCUUGCCCCUCUGAAGCCCAAGUAGGGGAACUUGAAGCUCAAUGCCGUAACAUGGCUAUGAGAUUCUCUGAGUUGCAGAAGGCAAAGGAAGUGGCAGAAAGAAAAGCUAAAGAAGUAGCGGCUACAGUGGAAUCUUUAACUGCAGAUUUACUGAGGGAGAGGCAACUGAAUACUUCUGCUGUGAACUUGGCCAAAAAAGCAAGCAAAGAAAAUGCCGCUAUAAAGCGUGCAAUUCAGUCCCUGGGAUUUAAGGUCCACUUCUCUGGAAAUGGCGAUUGCACAGUUGACAUUGAAGCUAAUCCCCCAGUGAGCCCGCAAGUGUCUAUGUAUUCUUAUUCACAAAGAGAGUCUGAUGAUCCCAUCCAAUGCGAUGAGAAAUCCGACCUCUCUGUAUCAAUCACUGUGGUGGGUGAUGAAGUUCUUCCCAAUAACCCAAUCACCCGCGUUUGUGAAAGCUUAUGCCCCAUGCGCACACGGGAUGGGGGUUGUCGGUGGCCAGAUGCCGGUUGUGCCCAGUUUGGCAGCCAGUUUGUUGGAUUGAGGGCGAACUUUGAUGCAUUUGACCGGCUCUCAAUCUAUGACAGCCACUUUGACUCGGACAAGCGAUAGAUAAUGAGGGUAAAGAUUGGCGGGUGUAUUUAAUCAAUGGGGAACCACUAGAGAAGCCAUUGCUGGGCAUUGGAUGGAAAAGAGAGACUACUCACUUCUUCUAAGCUUCUAUGAAGCCAACCCUAGUUCUAAGAAGAUGGGCCAUGGGUUGUGGAUGGGUUGUGGGACUCUCUACAGCUGAAGAGGACACCUUUUGCAGCCUCCUCUGCAGUACUCGCAAUGCCCAGUCGAAUCAGUUAGAGGAUAAUGUAUUCAACUGAGGUGAGCUAUUUAAUCACAGUUUAGUUAUAUUCGCAUCCAUCAGAAUAACAUUAGCUUAUGUUUUUAGUUUUUUUCCCUUUUGCUAAUAAGAUUGGUGUAUGUCUAGAAGCAGAAUAAAGAUUAGACUAUGUACAGAUCCUAAAGUCAUCUUCUUCCUUAGGCAAUUGAUGUAAGGCCCUGCAGCAAACAAUUUUGAUAGUUAAGAGCUUAAUUUUAUAUUUUA